AUGGCAACUGAAGACUUAGUGAAGGAGAACAAGGUGAAGCCACUGCCUCUGACGUGGCCGUGGCUGUGCGCGGGCCUGGCGGUGAGCGCGUGCGCGGUGCUGGCCACGCUCACCAUCGACUACGCGCUGCCGGAGCCGGUGACGCGCGCCAAGGGACACCCCGAGCAGUUCAUCGCUCAGAUCGCGUACGAACACCUCGUUAACCUCACCGCCAUUGGGCCUCGGGUGGCGGGCAGCUACGAGAACGAGGUGGUUUCAGUGGGGGUGUUGGUGUCCGCUAUCAAGAGCAUCGCGGCGCAGGCCUCGGUGCACAACCACGUGGAGCUGGAUGUGCAGCGAGCCAGCGGCAGUUUCGCGCUCUCCUUCAUGGACGGCAUGAACAACGUGUACCGCGACGUGCAGAGCGUGGUGGCGCGAGUGCGGGGCGCGGGGGGCCGCGAGCGCCCGCGCACCGCCAUCCUGCUCAACUGCCACUUCGAUACCGUGCCCGACAGCCCCGGCGCGAGCGACGACGGCGCGGGGUGCGCGGUGAUGCUGGACGUGCUGCGCGCGCUCGCCGCCACGCGCCGCCCGCUGCGCCACGACGCCAUCUUCCUCUUCAACGGCGCCGAGGAGAACAUCCUUCAGGCCUCGCACGCGUUCAUCACGCAGCACAAGUGGGCGAAGUCGGUGCGCGCGUUCAUCAACAUCGAGGCGUGCGGCGCGGGCGGCCGCGAGGUGAUGUUCCAGGCGGGGCCGCAUGACCCCUGGAUUGUGGAGGUGUACGCGGGCGCGGUGCCGCACCCCUUCGCCUCGUCCUUGGCGCAGGAGCUGUUCCAGAGCGGCGCCAUCCCCGCCGACACCGACUUCCGCAUCUUCCGCGACUUCGGCAAGCUCUCCGGCGUGGACCUGGCGUGGAGCGCUAACGGGUACGUGUACCACACGCGGCUGGACACGCCCGAGCGCGUGCCGCCCGCCGCGCUGCAGCGCACCGGCGACAACGUGCUGGCGCUCACCCGCGGCCUGCUGGCCAGCGACGGCGUGCGCUCCGCCGUCGACCCCGCCUCGCGCCAGCCCGCCUUCUUCGACGUGCUCGGCCUGGCCGUGCUGGCGGCGCGCGCGCCCGCCGCGCUCGCGCUCUGCGCCGCCACGCUGGCGCUGCUGCUGCUCAAGAUACACCUCAACGCGCGCGACGCUCGCCGCCGACGUGAGUACCCGUCCGAGAGCUCCGUCCCGCUCGUCCUACCCGUCGGAGACUUGACCGCGUCCGCGUCUGCCGCAGUGUACCUCGCCUACGGCGCGUGGUGGCGCCAGGUCGGCGUGGCGAUGGCGGUGAGCGUGCUGGCGAGCGCCGGCGGCGUGGCGGCCGCGGCGGGGGUGGCGGCGCUGCUGCACGCGUUGGGCGCGCGGCUCGCCUUCUACUCGCGGCCGCUGUUGCUCGUGCCGCUGUACGUGGCGCCCGGGCUGGCGGCGUGCUGGGCGCUGGCGGGCGCGCUGUGGGACGCGUGGGGCGGCUGGGCGGGGCGGCGCGGCGGCUGGGGCGCGCGCGCGAUGCACGACGCGGGCGCGGCGCUGGGCGGCGCGGCGCUGCUGGCGUGCGCGGCGUGCGGCCUGCGCUCGGGCUUCCUGCCGCUGCUGUGGACGCUGCUGCCGGCGGGCGCGGACGCGCUGGGCGGCGUGCUGCGGGCCCCGCGCGGCGCGGCCUGGGCGCUGGGGGCGGCGCUGCCGCUGCUGCAGACCUCGUACCUGCUGCUCAACACGCUGCGCAUGUUCGUGCCCAUCAUGGGCCGCGCCGGCGCCGGGGCGCUGCCGCCGGACGUGGUGAUGGCGCUGCUGACGGCGGCGCUGGUGCUGACGGCGCUGAGCUGGCUGCUGCCCUUCGUCGUGGCCACCAGGGACACGCGCACCCUGGUGUGCGCGCUGGCGGGCGCGUGCGCAUGCGCAGUGGGCGCGGCGCUGGCGGGCGGCGCGCUGGCGGCCGCGCCCUACAGCGCCGAGCGCCCGCAGCGCCUCAUGCUGUUCCACACGCGCCGCACGCUGCACGCGCGCAUAGCGCCCGCAGCGACCGAACACUUCUACUGGGUGCCCGAGCUGGACGCCAACACGCGCUACACGCUCGACAGAUACAUGGGACCGGCGGAGGAGGUGAGCCCGGAGGAGUGCGCGCGCCGGGUGUACUGCGGCGUGCCCUACUACCUGCCCGUGCUGGGCCUCGUGCGGCGCUCGCACCGCGUGCGGGCCUCGGCCGCGCCGCUCGUGCGCCUCGAGGCCAACGUGACGGUGGAGCGGCGCGGCGAGGGCGUGCGCGCGCUCGUGGUGGACGUGCGGCGCGCGCCUGCGCACGUGGUGCUGGUGGUGGCGCCGGCGCGCGGCGUGCGGCUGCAGCGCUGCAGCGCGCUGGCGGAGCCGCUGGCGGGCGCGGCGUGGGGCGAGCGGCGCACGUACUUCUUCGCGCUGCACGCGGCGCGCGCGCCCACGGCCUGGCGCGUGGAGCUGGAGCUGCGCGGGGGCGGCGCGGCGCUGGCCGACGUGUCGCUGGCGGGCCACGCGCUGUUCGGCGCCGACAAGCUGCACGCCGAGCACGCGCGCGCGCUGGCCGCGCUGCCGCCGCACGUGGCGCCCACGGGCUGGGGCGUGGACCUGCACCUGUACGAGCUGUAA